AUGCCCUCCUUUCGCCCUUCGCCCUUCCUCGAUCCCGGCGCUAAGACCCAGGAUGGCCAGCUGGCCCUGGUCCAUCUCAGCCGCGAGCACCUCACUCCCGUCGUUAUCAAUGCCUCGCCAGACGCCGAAUCCGAAUAUGCUGAAGGCUGCGUCGUCAACACCCGCUUCGGCUCAUUCCCACACAGCACCUUGGUGAACGUGCCAUGGGGAAUGCAAGUGCGCGCCGCCAAUGUGGACACCGGCCGGAGGGGGAAGAAAAGUAACAAGAAGCGCAAGCGCGAUGAGGACACUCCGGGCGAGGAUGACGACAGCGCUGCGAGAGAAGUAGGUUUCGCAUCCACCGGCUUUACGCAUCUUAUCCCUCCUACGCCUGAGACAUGGACCAUUUCCUUGCCGCACCGGACACAGGUUGUCUACACACCGGACUACAGCUAUGUCCUUCAGAGGUUACGCGUUAGGCCAGGAGAUACCCUGAUCGAAGCGGGAGCUGGUAGCGGCUCCUUUACGCACGCCUCAGUCCGCGCGACAUUCAACGGCUAUCCUCUCGCCGAGGCGGAAGAGACGGCACAAGUAAAUGGCACUGAAAAUGGGAAGAAAAAGCGCAAGAAGUUCGGCCAUGUUUACAGCUUUGAGUAUCACGAGCCCCGCGCUAUCAAGCUAAAGGAGGAGUUGAAAGAGCACGGCAUGGACCAGCUAGUCACCGUCACGCAUGCCGACGUCUACAAGGAUGGUUUUAGCACCACCGAAGACGGCACCGUACCGCAGGCCGACGCCAUCUUCCUAGACCUCCCCGCACCAUGGAUGGCCCUCAAACACCUCGCGCGCAGCCGCGUUGCCGCUGCAACCUCCACGAGCACCAGCCCAGACACCCCGGAACCCACGUCUGAAGCACCCGCAGAUUUCCGCUCGCCGCUCAAUCCCAAGAAGACUGUCCGGAUCUGCACCUUCUCCCCUUGCAUCGAGCAGGUCCAGCGCACUACGUCCGAGAUGAGACGGCUGGGUUGGACCGCCAUCGAGAUGGUCGAGGUUCUGCAUCGCCGCAUUGAAGUGCGCCGCGACCGCAUCGGCCUGCACGAAGAGGGCCUCCGUGGCGUCAACGCCACGCCUGCUACUGUCGACGAAGCUCUCGGUCGCCUUCGUGAAGUCGAAGGCCGCAUCAAGAACUUCCACGAAACCAUGCACGGCAAUGCAGCGACGGCAGAGAGCAGUGAGCAGGGCGGGGACUCAGACCUCGGAAAGGGCUGGGGCAAGGAGAGCAAGGAGCAACGGUUGCAGCGUAUUAGGGAGGAGGAAAAGAGACGGAAGGUCUUCAAGGAGGUGCUGCCGCGGGAGUGGACAAAGGAAGAUGAGGAGAAGGCGAGGAAGAAAUGGGAGAAUGGCGGUCCGACAGCGAAGAAGGAUACUACUCAGAAGAAGCAGAAGGGGGAGAAGGACGCUGAGGAGUAA